AGACAAUCAUGGUUUAGGUGUUUGUAUCAGCAUUUUGUAUUCACAACCGGAGAUUCAUAUCGAGUUCAACUGAAAUCAACAACCGACAAAAAGUAUUUGUGCAUAUCAAAAACGUUGAGUGUGCAUAAUGAACGUGACGAAUUCGCAGGAAUAUGACAAUUUCACACUGUUUCCAUCAUUAUAUGUUCAGGAAUCCAUAUACUUCGCGGAAAACUUUGUCCCCGUUACUGUAUUCCUUAUCACCAUAUUUGUGGUAGGUAGCUUUGGAAACAGCCUGACUUUUUUCCUCUAUUUUACCAAAUUCUCACGCAGUAAUCACAGAGUCCUGGUUUUGUGGCUAUCUACGGUUGACUUCUUGUCUAGCGUUGAAGGCAUACCGUUUGUUCUGUACGAUCUGCAUAACACAUUGACAUUUACAAACGAACCACUUUGUAAGAUUGGCAAGUUACUGGGUGUGUUUUUUCCUUCAUUUUCUCUUGGAUUGCUCACCUUUAUAGCCGCGGUGAGAUAUUGGAAAGUUUGUAUGCCUUUUCGAACAGGUUUAACUCCAACCAGAUCUAAUAUCAUUUGUGCGGUGAUCGGUGCUUCCGAAUUUCUUCUGUUGGCUGUUCCUGCCCUGCAGAUAUAUGGCAUCAAACAGCAGCCCGUGUCGGGAUAUCAAACUGGACAUGAUUGUACCAUAUCUGCAGAAUCCGCAACGUCACCAGUUACCACAUACCAGAGAAUCAUGAACGGUGUUCUCUUCACCAUCUCGUUCUCAGUGUGUCUAGUGAUUUAUAUCUUGAUCGGGAGAACUCUGAUAAAACGCUCGAAGAUCAGUGUGGUAGAUACUCCCACAAGACCAAGUGGCGCUGGGAAUCAGAAGCAGAAGACAAAUACGUUAUGUAAACAUGGAAACAUCAGCACGAUAGGAAGACAUACAAAAGUCAACACUAUAGCUAGACCAGGAAAACCAUCUAAUAUAUCUAUACUAGAUGUAUUCAUGGGUAAAGAUAAACAAAAUAAACAGCCGGAAGAAUCUUCCAGCAGAUACCCUAACUCAGAUGGUGAAUAUCAGAACAGAGAUGACACAGAAAGUAUCGUUUCUGAUGACUGCAUUUCAGAUCAAACCCAUUACAAUCCGCCAGAUACCGAUAUUUGUAAUUGUGAUUGUAUGUACAAUUCAGAAGACGAGGAUGAAAAUAUGCCUUCUUCUGAUGACGAUUCGAUCAUGUUGGUACAUCAUACAGCAGACAUUUUGCAUAAAACCGAUUCGUGUGCGUCGGCAAAAGAUCGCGUUGAAAAUUGUCAACUAAAGAAGGACGAUGAUAAUCAGACCCCGGGACGUGACAAAAUCGGUGAACUUCUGGAUAUGACCACAAACAAAAUCGAAGUAAGAGAACGAGAUUCAAAAAUCAAUCUGCCAACCGUGGACAAAGCAUGUGAUCAGAAGAAAGAAAGUAGUGAGGCUAAUGUACCUUCAGGCAACAACAAACCGGCAGCGACCGGAAGUGAUCGAGAUAAAAUGAACCGUGUAUUUUCCUUCCGAGUAUCUCCCGCAGUCAACAGGGGGUUAACCAGAAGUCGCCGUCUCAGUAUAAUAUUUCUUGUCGUGACUGCCCUGUCUUUCGGAACAUGUCUUCCGUUUUUACUCUUUUCCAUUCUCAAAGUAUUUGAUACUAGUGUAGCAAGACAAAUCGCAGAACACGCUAACGUCAGUUCAUUCCUUACAUAUUUCUACUUCUUUAAUAGUGCAUUAAAUCCUAUUGUGUAUGGUUUCAUGGAUUCUAAAUUCAGACGGGAGAUCAAAUUGUGUUGUAAGCGCAUUAAGAAAAGAAUGAUACGUUUCUUUAACAGAAAGAAAACGGCUACAAGUAAAUAUUAUAUUUGAACCUAAUGUCAUCAUGUUGAGUAAAUAUAGUGAUAUUUCAUCAUAUACGACUACUCACUAAUCCUUUGGUGAAUUAAGACUUUUUUGAAAAUUGUGCAAAGCUUUUCUUUUCUGACUACCUAGAUUCCGAUAAUAACUAAAUUACUUAUGAAUGGUGUUUAUGUGUUUGUGAAAGUUGAAAAUUUGAAAGACAAUUACAUGAUUGGUAUCACAAAUACAUAAUCGUUGUUUAUUUCAUGAAUUGUAAAGAAGGCAUAAUAUGAUACUGUAUCCGGGUAUUUUCAUGUUAUUAAUCUUAACUUUCAAAAGUUCAUGUU